AUGCAGGCUUCUCAUCCACAUCUGCCCAAAUCAAGAAGUUUCAAGCGAAACAGUGUUCGAGCCCUGAAAAAUGCUCAUCAACCACCAGGAGGUCUCGAGAUGAUUCUGGCGUCAGUUGAUGAAUCUCUGCAACUACUUUCGGAUUUAACUAACAAUACGGUUGCUAGUAGUCAUUGUACCAAUGAAAAUGAAGAUUUGCACAAACUCGGAUCCAUACCUAAUGCUGAUUUUCCCUUCAUUGAUGAUUAUGAUGAUAACGAAGAUGCUGCAAACAUUUCUAGCACAAAACCUAUUAAUUCUGGAGAAAAUACCAACAGUUUUUGUGAUGAGACGCCAGUUUCAUCAUCAAAAAUAGUGAAUAUUGAUUUAACUGGUGAAGAGAUUAUCCAGUGGAUGGGUGGCUUACCGAUACUUAAUCCGGACAAGAUGUUAGCUUAUUUUUGUAAGGGAAGUCGAUUAGAAACCAAGAAGAAUUGUCAGCGAGAAAAGCCAUACCAAAUUUUCUCACUCAGUCGGCUUCAGGAACCUAAGAAAGAUGUAAUUUGGAGCAUGAAUCUAAUCCAUGAGGUUCGUGUAACUUUCUUGCAAAUUGGUGUCACUGAAAAUGGCUUAACGAAAAUGGCUUAA